UGGGGGAACAGAGCUCCUGUUUACAGUUGUUCUUGGCACCUGCUGACAGGGCCCUGCAGGUAACCAUGGCAAUCAGGUGAGGAACCAAUCAGUGCUUCUCCCCACCCCCAGCCCCAGAGGUACCCAUCUGAGGCCCCUGGGGAUGCUGGGGGAGCAGGGAGUGUAACAAGGGGACUCGUUUCUUCAAGGGGAGAAGGAGGAACACAUCCUCCUCUUGCUGUCGCUGAGCCUGUGGGUCUAGAAAGCAGCUUGAGGGACAGUCUUGGUCUGGAUUCUUGCAGAUGGUCGAGGAAGUGAGAGGGGUGAGGGUCACAGCCUGCCUGGUGGGGCCGGACAGGAGUUCUUAAGAGCAAGUGUCUGUUUUGAAAACACAGCGAGUGUGAAUGAGGUGGCUCGGGCAGCGGCAAAUGCCGGUGCUUGUGUGCAUGUGCGUGUGCUUGUGUGUGUGUGUGUGUGUGUGAGUGUGGAAGAAAGGAGGGUGUAUGAGACUCAUAGCAACCUGGACCCCCCGCAUUAUGAGACCCCAGAAUGUUUUGUUUCCGACUCUGCACGCACCCGUAGCCCAGGUGGACACGGCCCCCAGGGGCCGGGCAGUCCCGCGGAGCGCCUUCGGAGGCCCAGACGGCACGAACACGUCCGACGGCGACUCCGCACGCUCAGCAAGACAGCGCUUGGAGUCUGUUCUCCCCUCUGGAUGGUUGUGAUAAUAUUUGGGCAUCUUGCCAGGAACAGGGUUACUAUGGAAACCACCAAACAGUGGAGUAGCCAGCAAGCCUCCUGUGUAAUUGUGAAGGGGGGACCUAUGCUGGGAGGGCUGGCGAGGCUGCCUGUGUGGGGCGGGAUCCCCUUUCCUUCCUCCGGCCGGGUCUGCGGGCCUGGGCCACUGUGUCCUGCUGGCUCCCCGGACUUGGUGGUCCUCCGUCGGCCCUGCAGCUCCGUGUCUCUCCCACGUGUCUCUCCAUCUCUUUCGGCCUUUGGCCAGGCUCCCUGGGCCUCUGGUGGCUGUUUGGGUCCUGGCCAAACUCAUCCUGGGGUCUCUAUAGAAACUGCUGAUCCCGGCUGUGAAUUUCUGGUCCUAGAAAACCCAAUGUGGUGGCUUUAGAAAGCUUCUGGAAAGGAGAGAAGGGCGUGUGUUGUAAAGGAGCAGUGGGGGCUUGGCCACCCUCCCGGAGCCCAACCCUUGGGCUUUCGCUCUGGGAAGAGGCGGGAUGGUGGCGGGCGGCUGAUUCCCGUCUAGGUGCAGGUUCAAUUUCUAUACUAAGAAGUGAGCACGUGAGCCGAUCCAGAGCUGGGCUCUGCCUGGCCUCUCUGGACCGGGCCGGGGCCAGGCUGGGUGCUCGGGUGGGCUGGGGACAGGGAACUUGGCCUCGCUUUAGCAGGCAUCGCCGAGAGCCCAGCCUGAUGUUGGCCGGCCGGCGGGCAGGUGGCGGUGUCCACUUGGGAAAUCCCUGUGUGUGAGGACAGGGGGUCCUGGAAGGUGUGUACCCGGGAGCUUGGUGCAGUGGGCUAGCCCUCAGGUCACGGUGGGCGCCCUCCUAGGGAAGGGGCAGUUACCUGUGGGGUCCAAGCUGGAGCUGUGUGUUCCCAUCUUUGGUCAUGUAAGCAGCGUCCUCAGUAUUUCCUGCCCGAGGACCAGACCUGGAACCUACAUGGUCAGUGGACAGUGGGUUUCCAGGGAGCCUCUCCUGGGGCCGGGGCUGGCUGAGAGCCAGCUGGACAGUGAUGGGGUGCCCUCUUGAUCCUCAGGCGGCUUGUGCCCACCAUGUUCCUAGGCAAGGCCUCCUGGAAGGGUGGGUGGGAUGGAAUGAGGGUAGGAUGGAGAAGAAAGACCAAGUCAGGACCUUGCAACUGGACAGAGAGGGUGAGAGGGACAAUCUACUCUUUCCCUUUCCUUGAGGUUCAGGGCUGCGGCUUGUUUACCUGAUUCCUCCUGGCUCCUAGCACUCACCUGAGUGCAUGUAGAUUGAGCUCAGAGACUUUGAAGCCCUCUGUCUCUUCCGUUCUCCUGCUUCCCCACAGCCUCUGGAGAGCUGUACACAGCGGUCCUUCCCGGGCUGUGACCCCAGGCUUCCCUGCUGCUCCCGAAGUACAGCCUGACCUUGUUCCUCAAGGUUGUGUGAAUCUCCAGAGCCCACGGCACCCAGUGGACACUCAGGGCCAGAGGUCCGGCCCGUGCGUGGACUCGGUCUGGCCUUGCAGGCAGAGAGGAAGGGCCUGCGACUUGGGGAGAUGCUGUGGCAGGGAGGGGGGCGCGGUGGAGAGGGAGGGGCUCUCGAGCCAAUCCCACUUUCACUUCCCAGGGUGCCGCUCCCCAGCCCCCCGCCCCCCACCCCGGCAUCAUGCAUCGGACCACACGGAUCAAAAUCACAGAGCUGAACCCUCACCUCAUGUGUGCCCUGUGCGGGGGGUACUUCAUCGACGCCACUACCAUCGUGGAGUGCUUGCAUUCCUUCUGCAAGACCUGCAUCGUGCGCUACCUGGAGACCAACAAGUACUGCCCCAUGUGUGACGUGCAGGUUCAUAAAACCCGGCCGCUGCUGAGCAUCAGAUCUGACAAAACCCUCCAAGACAUCGUCUACAAAUUGGUCCCUGGGCUUUUUAAAGAUGAGAUGAAACGGCGGCGGGAUUUCUAUGCAGCGUACCCGCUAACAGAAGUCCCCAAUGGCUCCAAUGAGGACCGAGGCGAGGUCCUGGAACAGGAGAAGGGGGCUCUGAGCGAUGACGAGAUUGUCAGUCUCUCCAUCGAGUUCUACGAAGGCGUCAGGGACCGGGAGGAGAAGAAGGGCCCCCUGGAGAAUGGUGAUGGGGAGAAGGAGAAGCAGACAGGGGUGCGCUUCCUGCGAUGCCCGGCAGCCAUGACCGUCAUGCAUCUCGCUAAGUUUCUUCGCAACAAGAUGGAUGUGCCCAGCAAGUACAAGGUGGAGGUGCUGUACAAGGACGAGCCACUGAAGGAGUACUACACCCUCAUGGACAUCGCCUACAUCUACCCCUGGCGGAGGAACGGCCCUCUCCCCCUCAAGUACCGCGUCCAGCCGGCCUGCAAGCGGCUCACCUUGCCCACAGCGCCUACCCCCUCCGAGGGCACCAAUACCAGCGGGGCAUCCGAGUGUGAGUCUGUCAGCGACAAGGCUCCCAGCCCUGCCACCCUGCCGGCCACCUCCUCCUCCCUGCCCAGCCCAGCCACUCCCUCCCAUGGUUCUCCCAGCUCCCACUGCCCCCCAGCCACCCACCCUACCUCCCCCACUCCUCCUUCCACCGCCAGUGGGGCCACCACAGCUGCCAACGGGGGCACCUCAAACUGCCUGCAGGCACCAUCCUCCACCAGCAGGGGGCGCAAGAUGACUGUCAAUGGAGCUCCUGUGCCCCCCUUAACUUGAGGAAAGGGACCUUCUCCCUCCUUUCCAGCCAUGUCUCUCCACCCCUCCACUUUUUCUGGGCCCCCUUUUCCACCUCUUCUACUUUCCCCAGCCCCUUCACCUUAGGGGUGGGGGGAGGGUUUUAUAAAUAAAUCUCUAUAUAUAUGUACAUAGG